CUCUCUCUCUCUCUCUCCGCCGCCGCAAGGACGCAGCUAGGGCGGGGCGGGUCAGCUGCGGGGAGGUAUAUAAGGGCCUGCGCGCCGCUCUUUGCCACACACUCCUUCGUGAGCUCUCGAGGAAGCAACACAACCAUGAACUUCAGCCUACUGAUCCUGAGCGUGGUGGUGGCGGCGGCGGCGGCGGCGCCCGGCUACGACAAGCCGAUCCCCAUCCUGAAGGACGACCGCUCCCAGAACGCCGCGGGCGAGUACACCUUCGACUUCGAGACCGGCAACGGCAUCGUGCGCAGCGAGGCGGGGCGCCAGGCCGACGGCCAGGAGUCCUCCGGCGCCUUCAGCUACACCAGCCCAGACGGCACCCCCGUGGCCAUCUCCUUCACCGCCGGCGCGGGAGGUUACCAGCCUGAGGGCGCGGUGCUGCCCGUGGCCCCGCCGCUGCCCUACGAGCGCUCCGACACCUUCGUGCACUAACGUCCACGCCCGCACACGCCCACGCCCACGCCAUGACCCCGCCAUGGAUUAAGGAUCUUUCUUCUAACCCAUCUCUGCUCCUCCAGCGAUCUCACACCUUUGUACAUACACUUACCCACGCCCACUCCCAGCCCACACCUACGCCCACCCACGCCCACUCUGACCCACACCCGCCCACCCUUCACGGUUCUUCGUGACCUUUUUCUAGUUCUUCAUAUUGGAGAAAAACAUGAUUAGGAUUUUCUUUUCUCUCUGACGUCUAGUCUUUUUUUUUCUUUAGCUGUUGAGUUUUGUUCUGACGAUAAGUUUCUCUCAAAGUCUCUGUCGACGCUAGUCUGUUUGUCUGCCUGUUUAUCUGCCUGUUUGUCUGCCUGUUUAUCUGCUUGUUUCAGUAUAUCUGUCUGCCGGACUGUCAGUUUCUCAAUCAUCUAUCUAUCUAUCUAUCUAUCUAUCUACAUCCAUCCAUCUCUCGAUUUUCCAAAUACUGCCACAAUUUACUCUUCAAACAAAUCUACACAAUGUACAUUUUCUAUCUUAUUUUCCGAUGUUAUUUAUUUAUGUCAUACCAGCAAACGGUUGUGUUUGUAAAUAAAGAGUGAUGCAAAAA